GAGUCAACCGCACGUUUAAAUCCUCAGACGGAGAGGCUCGUCUGUUUCAAUCACUACUUUAUAUAUACGAUACUAGAAAAGCCAGACGCUCAGAAAUAUACAAUAAUCAUUUUAAGUCUCGAAUUUUUUUAAUAAAAUGGCUUCAACCGCAAAUGCAAGCUCUUCGAUGAAGUGGGAAGUUGUGAAAAAAAGCAAAAAGCCGAACAGUUCAGCCAGACACCAAAAUGUCAAGAAAUCUGGAGGAAGGAAAGCCUUGGCUGAGUCUAACAUGCCCGGGAUUUUUGACUCCGCUCCUCCUUUAAAACCAUCGGAAACCAUCUACGAGAGCUUUGAGAGGCUGGGGAGGAAGAAUAAAGAGCAGGUGCCCCCAGCGCCCGCCCCGGAACAGCAGCCGAAGAAACCCAAUACAGGGAAAUGUGACAAGAAUUCCCCGAGAAACGAAGGAGACAAAAACAGCCAAAAAACUGUGAAAUUCAAAUCGUUGGAGGACGCCAUGAAAGCUCUUAAUCUGUCAGCGCUUCAGCAGCAGCUGGAGAAGAGCCAGAGCCUCUUUCCUGAAAACCCAUCUGUUUGGGUGAAGGACUUGGCCAGUUACCUCAACUAUAAACUCCAAGCCCCAGAGAUCGACCCAACAGUCAGCCAGUACUCCUACGAUUACCCUUACUGCUUGGCAAGCAAGGAAUUGAAGAGCAUGUGCAAGACUCUGCUGGUGAAGUCGGCUGACAGCCAGCAGCUGCUAUUUGAUCACUGUAUCUACACCAUGCUGCGUGAGCUGGACAAGCAACCAGGUGAAGCGCUGCAUGGCUACAGGUUUUGCAUUCAAACCAUAAUGCUGGAAAACCCCAAAAUAGCUACCCAGAAUCUCGCCAGUCAUUUGGAGCUGUUGAGAUCUCACAAAAACAAGCCAGUCAAAUGUCUCACCAUCAUGUGGGCCUUGGGGCAGGCAGGUUUCACAGACUUGACUGAGGGACUGAAAGUGUGGUUUGGCAUAAUGUUGCCAGUCCUGGGUACAAAGACACUGUCCUCGUAUGCUAUUGGCUACUUGGAAAGACUGCUAAUGAUGCACGCUAAUCUAUCCAAAGGCUUUGGAAUUAUGGGACCAAAGGACUUUUUCCCUCUGCUGGACUUUGCCUUUAUGCCCAAAAACGCCCUGUCUCCCAGUCUGCAGGAGCAGCUUAGACUGCUGUACCCGAGGUUGAAGGUGCUGGCUUUUGGAGCUAAACCUGAAUCUACCUUGCACACAUACUUCCCAUCCUUCCUGUCCAGAGCAACCCAUAACUGCCCUGAUGACAUGAAGAAAGAGCUCCUGAACAGUUUGACUGAGUGUUUGACUCGGGAUCCUCACAGUUUUAGUGUUUGGAGGCAGUUGUACACCAAACACCUUUCACAAUCAAGUCUUCUACUGAAUCAUCUUUUGGACUCAUGGAAUUGUCAAUCAGGAAAGGUUUGCAGAUCUCUGCCAGAAACGGUGCAGUCUUUCAAAGUUACUAAUGAUGAAAUGAGUACAUCUGCUGCCAGCUCACAGGAGGUUAAAGCCUGCAACGAUGUCUGCAAUCAACUCCAGGUAAAGAUGAAAGGACAAGGCUUCCCGUGGUCUCGUCUGGUGUUGGUAGCACUAGUGUUUGCUGCUGGAUUUGUCAUGUAUGACAUCCGAGCAAAUGGAUCCUUUAAAGCCUCAUCUGUUGCACAUGUCCUUCACCAGUCUGGAAUGAUGUCCGUCUCACAACAGGCUUGGAAUAAAAUGUCUGUUUAUUCUUACAAAGGUUACAGUUGGAUAGAAACUAAUGCACCAUAUUACUACUCUGAGAUGGUAAAUAAAAUGGGACCUGUUUUGGAAAUGGCUUUAGAAAAGACAACCCUGGCAGUGGGAUACCUUGGAGAAAAGUAUUCAUGGGUCAAAGACAACACACCCAGGCUUAUUGAAUGGCUCCACUCCAGUAUCCCAGAUGGUGUGGUCCAGUUGAUUGAAUAUCUGAAGGAAUUGCUUCUAUCUAUUCAUCAGAAUUAUCUACAGCCUGCUGUGGUGUAUGUGAAAACAUUGCUGGAACAAGGGUGGCAGCAGUUUGUAAAUUCUUGCAAAGGAGAAGUAUCUUGGCCCUGUGUGCAGGAUCAUUUGGGAUUCUGGUCUAUGUCCACCUGGACUUACCUUCAAAACACGACCAUUGCUGUUAAAAACUGGGCAUUUUCAGUGCUGUCUAGGCUGUAAGACUUGUUUCACGCUGGGACUAAAUCAGUUUUGUUCUUGUGAUCUAGGACAAUACCACCCGUGCUUUUUAAUGGUGACAUGGAAGAAGGGUUUUACAAAAGAAGCUGGCGCUUAUACAUUUAAAGACUUGUCAAGCUGCAUGAAAUUUUGUAUCAGAUUCCUUUUCUACUUUUGUUUUUGUUCAUUAUGGGGUUUAUAGAUGUACCUUUUUUCCAGGUUUUAUAAAUGUUUCAAACAGUGUUACAUAUUUAUGAUAACUUGCCAAAUGGAAAUACGGUUUAAGAGGUUACCAACA